GAGAGAGAGAGAGAGAGAAAGAGAGAAAAAGUGGGAGAGAGAGACCCAAACAUCCAUAUGCUCAUUGAACACACUUGUAUUUGUUGCAUGCAGGGGAUAUGAGGAACAUGUUGAAUGAUUCUGUUUGUUUGCUAAAGAAAAAAAAAAACACUUUCUCCUAUACGAAUCCUACCCAGAUGAUGAGGGGGCGUUCAGCUCCUCAGAACUGGGGAUUUGAAGCUGGCAAAGCAAGGGAUCAACACUGAGAGGCGUAGAGGACAGGAGGCUCUUGUAUCACUUGUUAUGUUUUCUUGGCAGCUUUUUGUCUUUUGUGUGUGCUGGCAUGGUUUAACCUUUGCCUGCUAAUGUUGGAGGCCCAUAUUGCUAGAGAAAUGUUACUUUGUGUACAUAUUUGUGGAGCUCCACUUUUAAAGUAUAUUUUAUUGUGCCUACAUUUCAGAGCCUCUAAAGGCACUCCGACAGACACAGUAGCGGGUUUAACAAAAAUAUAUCCCUCCAGUCAAUAAAGACCAGUCGUGCCUCUCGGUAAGUGCAAUUAUCUUUAUUAUAAAUGGGUCAUUAACAUUGUUCAAGCUUCAAGCUGCUUUUUGGGAACUGAUUAAUAUGAAGGGCUACCAGUUUGAUACAUUUUAAAUAAAUUUGCUAAAAUGACCUUUUAUUCUAUUAUUAGGCUACUUAUGUGAAGACACUCAUCAUGUUAAUUCUUUUUCGCAAUAAUUAGGAAACAUCCUGUAAAUAUCAAAAUGCAACGCUUUUUUUCUAUCAAUCUCUGCCAAUGUUCAAAUUUCCACAUGAUGACUUCUAAAACAUCAAUCCAUCCAUCGAUCCAUUUUCCAAAUAAUUUAUCCUCGCAAGAGUUGCAGCCGUGAUGGACCUUAUCCCAGUAAUUGGCCAGUUGACUGGGUAGAUCCUAAACUGGUCGGCACCAAAUCACAGGCAUUCCAAGGAACUCACAGUGUCCUUUCACUAUGCUACUGAGUGACUUUUAGAAAAGGCCCAUAGGCUAUUCAUUUGGUUCUUGGGGGCUACCUAGUGCAAGCUCCGUGUUGGUGACAUCAUCAUUUUUAGUAAGAUGUCUCCAUGAAACGAGGGAUUGGAAAGCCUCACCUCAUUUCCCCAAAAUGUUUCUACCUCCUCCCACGUCGCUCCUCUGUAGAUACGAGAUGAUAAAAAGAUGAGCCCCUACACUCUGAUUUGUUUUUCUUAUGUGAACGAGGACAUAAAAAGAUUGAAUUUAACAAAAAAAAAAUUCAAAUUGGGCAUCACUGCCCGCAGUGUGAGCAUAGCCUUAGAUCCCGGCUAUCGGACUGUGACAUCAUGCUGCCAGGAUGAAAACAAUACACGUAAAAAUAAUAUUCUGGACUUGCCCUAUAUUUUGCAGAAUGUGUUGAUUUCCACGGAGGGCUUUGAAAUCUGCGGUAAAUCCUGCAAUCGGGGAAUUCUGCGGAGUACUACGAAGUAAUAAAACAGAUGACAAACAAUACAUUAUCAUGGUCUUACAGCUGUGAAGCAAGUCCAAACUUGAGUAGGCGUAUCAUAUGACGGCUCAAAUCUUAAGCAAUGCAAUACUUGGCUAUCCAUCCAUUUUUAUUGUGACAGUGGGGUCACAGGUGAGCUUUAGCCUAUUAAAACUGACUUUUGGUGAAAGACAGGUUACACUCUGGACUCCAUUAAAUGCCUGAUGCCUUUCUGCAGAUGAGUAAAGGAAUACCCAUGGCCACUAUAGGAUGAAAAAAAGGAAUUAUCCUCUAAAAUGAUUUGUCAGGAACAUGUGCAAUCCAAAAACAGUCAUUGUUUAAACCAAUUUUUGUUCACUGAACAUACUUAUGCCAGUGUGACUACGUCAGAGCAGGAGAUGAUCUAUAAAAACGAGCAGAACGCCCACUACCACACACACACACACACACACACACACACACACACACACACACACACACACACCACACACCACACACACCUCUACCCCCACCCAACAUCCCUUUCAAGGACUGAUGAUGCUGUCACUUGCUGAAUCUGAACCCACAAUGACCCCCAUGGGCCACGAUAUUGAACUUAAUGCUCUGUACAUGGAAGUCGGAAACAUACGUGAUGAUUGCAGUCAUCCUCACUUGAAUGAGGGAUCACAAAGGUCAUUGUGCAAGAGUGUGUGCGUGUGUGUGUGUGUGUGUGUGUGUGUGUGUGUGUGUGUGUGUGUGUGUGUGUGUGUGUGUGUGUGUGUGUGAUCUUGAUUCAUUUGAUGUUAGUGAAAAUCCCUGCUAAGAACAUUACAUUGAGAGAGGGUACAUCGAUGAUGCUUAUGUUCAUAGUGAGAAGUGAUUGUUAAUGCCUGACAGCAGCUGAUGAAAGCUGCUUCCAAGAUAUGAGCAAUGUCUUACACUUAAAGAAGAGCACACAUUUCCGGUUUCCAUUGUGUACAAAACUAAAUCAAUUCAUGGGUUUCGUUGGAUUAAAAUCAGGCAUUAUUUAUUCCGACAGCAUGCAACACAGCAUGCACUAUGCACACCAUAAAAUGUGCAGGAUGAGGCUCGACAAUACAAUCUUGCACCCAAUCUGGAGACUCUAGUGGAAGCCUGUGUGCUCUCUUGCCCCCACCUCCCUCCUCCUCUUCUUCCUCCUCCUCCUCCUCAUUCUCCUCACUCAGCCUCCCGCUGCUCUGGCGCAUCUCCAUUCCUAACUCCUGCACCGGCUCCUCAGCAUCUCUCUCUCUCACACACACAAAACCAAAAGAAAAGAAAAGGGGAAAAAAAGCACCACAGACGACCGGACCAUUUUAGUAUUAUAAAGCAGGCUCGCGGUAAGGAAACCAUUCGAGUUCUAUGUUUUUACUGCUUUUACAUACACUGAGCUGUAAAAUGAAUGUUGAUAAAGAGGAGCUGUGAUCAGACUUUUUAAUGCAUGACAGUGAGUCUGUGAGGAGGUUACACUUUUCAUUGUUAAUUACAGCACUCACUAACACAACACGGCAUGUUGCAAUUUUGUUGUUUCUUUCUUCUCCCUCUCUCAAUGCAGCCCCUAUCCGUGUACAAAGGUUCACAAGAAGUUCAACGUUCCGUCCAGCUUGUUAAUGUCAAAUCAUUUGUGACAGUGUGAAGGAUGUAGAGCCAUCGGGGUGGAGGAACAGGAUGGAGUGCUCCUGGAAGGCAGUGCUGCUGCUGGUGUGUGCUUCACUGGGGGUCCAGUACACAGCCAUUCGCACCCUGAGGGACUCGCUCGCUGGACCCUGUCAGGGUGUUUACGAGUGUCAGAGCAGACAUCACCGAGAAUCCAAUUGGAAAACUCUUUGUGAUGACAGUUGGAUGUCCAUGGAGCCCACUCAGAAGCACAUCCUACUGUUUGCCACCACGCGCAGCGGUUCAUCCUUCACCGGACAGCUGCUCAAUCAGCACCCUGAGAUCUUUUACAUGUUCGAACCUCUUUACCACGUCCAGCAGGCAUUCACAAAUUCCAGCGGCAGGAUUCGUCGUAGUUUGGACCGCCGGGCGCUGCUGGGAGCGUACAGAGACCUCCUGCUCAACUUGUACAAAUGCGACCUUCACUUUAUGGAGAGUUACAUCCGCCCUGAGCCCCAGGACCAUGUCACUAAUUCCUUCUUUCGUAGAAGCUCGAGUCAUGCCCUUUGUUCUCCUCCUGUUUGUCUGGAAGGAGGGAAUGGAGCAGCACUGGCUCCACCUGAAGAAAGUUGGUGUACCAAGAAGUGCGGCAUCCUGAACCUAACCUUAGCAUCAAAGUCGUGCCUGACAAGAGGCCAUGUAGCCAUAAAAACUGUUCGCAUCCCCGAGGUGAAGGACCUGCGAACUUUGGUUGAAGAUCCGCGUCUGGACUUAAAGAUCAUCCACCUCGUGAGAGACCCUCGAGCCAUUCUCGCCUCACGCAUGACAGCGUUUUCAGAUCAGUUCCGUGCUUGGAAAAUCUGGAACGCCACAGGACGGCAACCGCGAUAUGUGGAUCUAUCGCAGAUCACCAGCACCUGCAAGGACAUGGUGGCGUCUGCAGAAGCAGGACUGCAGAGACCGGCUUGGCUGCAGGGCCGCUACCUUUUAGUGAGAUAUGAAGACCUAGCUUUUAACCCGAAACACAUGGCCAACAAGCUCUACCAGUUUAUUGGCCUAGAGAUGGAGGAUAGGGUGCAGACAUGGAUAACAAGGAACACCAACAGCAAUUUGUCUGCUCCAUUUGAAUGGAAUUACAAAUACUCCACCACCAGAGACUCCAGAAUGACGGCUGAGAGUUGGAGGCUCCAUCUCGGCUAUGAUAUUGUCAGAACUGUGCAGAAUCUGUGUAACGACACUCUGGCCCUGCUGGGUUACAGACGUGUCCAUUCGACAAUCCAACUCAGAAACUUGUCCUAUAGUCUAGUUGAACCCAUCACAUUUCAAACCAACCUUUCCCAAACUUAGGGCAUGACCAAAAAUGGUCAGGCAAGCACAUAAUUUAUAAGCAAGGUUUUUUUCUUUGUAUGUAUUUAAGUUACUUGGGUCUAUUUUCUUUCUUUUUGUCUUUCUUUCUUUCUUUCUUUCUUUCUUUCUUUGAUAAAUGUGUCAACAUAAUUAAACUUGGGAGAAGUUCUAAAUUGUCAAGAUGCUAAAGUGAUGAAACAAAAUUCAGGAGUGAUGCAAAUAUCGUAUUUACAUCUUCAAUACUGAUGUGCCAGAUACCAAAAUGUUUGCACAGAUCAAAAAUAAUAAUUACACAGUAUAUUGCUGUGUGUUGUUUGUAUGAGUGAAUGAGUUUUGAUUUAUGCUACAAAUACUGCAUAUUAUGUGCAUACUGGAUGUGCAUUGGGCAUUUUGUCAUUUUAAACACAGUAAAACCAAAGAAAAAAAAUUGAGUAGAUCAGUGAAAUCCAAGAGUGUUUUAAUUUUCAUUCUUAGAGGAAUGUAAAAUUAUGCUCUGCUUCGGUGAUGUUGAAUCAAGUACAUUCCAGUGUAAAUGUUUCAUCUAAUAAUUUCACACUACAUUGGAAUCCCACUCAGUUACUCUGUCCUUCCCCCAAACGAACUGGAGUCUUUUGUCAAGAAGUGCAAAUUUGGGAAACCGGUUUAAUUUGGAAUCCGAUUUCUUCAUAUGCAACAUAGCAGAUAUCUUCGAAGACCAUGUUCAUUGUCGACAGGCACAGCCACUGAUCAGCGAGCGAAGGUUGCUCCCAAUUUUAGAAAUAAUCCUUCGCAUCAUGUCUCGAUGUCAUUUGUGAAGAACUCAGAUUUUAUUUUUGGGGAGUGAGGAGGUUGGCGGCUAACAACUAAUUCUCACGAGAAUCAAAAUGGCAACGGUGACUUUGAUUUUGUUUCCUUUCAAACAGCGUUAUAAUUAUGUGGCAACUGUAAUGGUGGACUGCUCACCGUGAUGAGCUUUAAUGCUCAAGCCAUUAAAUAAAACCACUGCUGGCUUCAGGAAAUGUAAGAAAUUGGAGCAAAAUGAUCAGGUGUCUCCGUACAGACUAUUAGAGUAAAUCUCAGGUAAAAUUACCCUUCCAAUAACGGAGUCUGUUCAUUUACUUUCUAUCUUUCCUGCAGCUGCUCUUACAAUUGCUGACACCAAGAGUUACCAAACAUACAUCUAAAGAUCCUGGGGAAGGUAAACAGAAUUUCAAAUGCAUGGUAAAACGAAGAAAAUCUGCAAACCUUACACAUGCUGUUCAUAAAUUACACUUUUAGCCCCGUCAAGAAAACGUCUUUUUUUUUUUUUUGGGCUGUUCCCUCCCUGUCACGCAAGCUGCAAAAGUGGACUGAGUCAGCUGUUAGCUAAUUAGCCAUCUCUUUGCACUCAAUAAAAGUAGUUUCUUUCCAUCCCCUUGA